AUCAUUUCCGUAUUAGGGCUCCUUCUGCAGCGGCCGGUGAGGAGCAGCGCGUGCGAGUCCUGCAGUCCAAAACACCGCGGUGCCAUGGUGGAACCAGUGCCUGAGUCCAUCAACUUUCCCUCAGAGGAGGAGCGGAUCCUCCGGUUCUGGAAGGAGAAGGACUGUUUCCAGGAGUGUCUGAAACAAUCCAAAAACAGGCCGAAGUACACUUUCUAUGAUGGACCACCCUUUGCUACUGGUCUCCCCCAUUAUGGCCACAUCCUGGCAGGUACCAUCAAGGACAUUGUCACCAGGUUUGCCCAUCAGAGUGGCUUCCACGUGGACCGUAGGUUUGGCUGGGAUUGUCAUGGAUUACCUGUGGAAUAUGAGAUUGAUAAAACACUCGGCAUAAAAGGACCGGAGGAUGUUGCCAAGAUGGGGAUUGAAGAGUACAACAAGCAGUGUAGGAGCAUCGUGAUGAGAUAUUCCAGAGAGUGGGAGGAGUCAGUAACGAGAAUGGGCCGCUGGAUCGAUUUCAAGCAUGACUACAAAACCCUGUAUCCGUGGUUCAUGGAGACAGUCUGGUGGGUGUUUAAGCAGCUGUAUGAUAAAGGUCUGGUGUAUAGAGGAGUAAAGGUCAUGCCAUUCUCCACCGCCUGCAACACGCCCCUCUCUAACUUCGAAUCCCACCAGAACUACAAGGAUGUCCAGGACCCGUCAGUCAUCGUGAACUUCCCUCUGCUGGAGGAUGAGAGCGUGUGUCUGAUUGCCUGGACUACCACUCCCUGGACCCUACCCAGCAACCUAGCUCUGUGUGUUAACCCUGAAUUCCUCUACGUUAAGGUCAAAGAUAACACCACUGAUAAAGUCUACAUCAUGAUGGAGGCCAGGCUGGGAGCACUGUUCAAAUCUGAGAGUGAAUACACCAUCCUGGACAAGUUUCCUGGUAAGACUCUAAAGGGGAAGAAAUACAAACCUCUUUUUGAUUACUUCUCCAAGUGUCGAGAGAGUGGAGCUUUUUCUGUUGUGCUGGAUAACUAUGUUCGUGAGGAGGAAGGUACUGGAGUGGUUCAUCAGGCGCCGUACUUUGGAGCUGAUGAUUUCCGCGUCUGCAUGGAAUACAACAUCAUCCAGAGAGACUCCGUACCCAUCUGCCCAGUGGAUUCAUCCGGACGCUUCACACCUGAUGUCACUCACUUUUCUGGACAGUAUGUAAAGGAUGCUGACAAAAACAUCAUCAAGUGGUUGAAGGAGAACGGACGUCUGGUGAACGCCAGCAGUUUCAAACAUAGCUACCCUUUCUGCUGGAGAUCGGACACACCUCUAAUCUACAAGGCGGUGCCCAGCUGGUUUGUGAGAGUGGAGCACAUGGUGGAGAAGCUUCUGGAAAACAACGAUAAAUGCUACUGGGUUCCGGAGUUCGUGAGGGAGAAGCGAUUCGGAAACUGGUUGAGGGAUGCACGAGACUGGGCCAUUUCACGGAACCGAUACUGGGGGACACCCAUUCCUUUGUGGGUCAGCGAUGACUUUGAAGAGGUGGUGUGUGUCGGCUCCAUGGCGGAGCUGGAGGAGCUGACGGGGGUGAAGGUAACUGAUCUGCACAGGGAGAGCAUUGACAGCCUCACCAUCCCGUCCCGCUGUGGAAAGGGGCAGCUGAAGAGGGUCUCCGAGGUGUUCGACUGCUGGUUUGAAAGCGGCAGCAUGCCCUACGCCCAAGUGCACUACCCGUUUGAGAACAGGCGGGAGUUUGAGGACACCUUCCCUGCAGACUUCAUCGCUGAGGGUAUCGACCAGACCAGAGGCUGGUUCUACACGUUGCUUGUGCUCUCAACCGCUCUGUUCGGAAAGCCUCCUUUCAAGAACGUGAUCGUCAACGGACUGGUUCUCGCAAGUGAUGGGCAGAAGAUGAGUAAACGGAAGAAGAACUACCCGGACCCCGGCAUAAUUGUGCAGAGUUACGGAGCUGAUGCGCUGAGGCUGUACCUGAUCAACUCCCCCGUGGUGCGAGCGGAGAACCUUCGCUUCAAAGAGGAAGGAGUGAGGGAUGUGCUGAAGGACGUCUUCCUGCCGUGGUACAACGCCUACCGCUUCCUGGUGCAGAACGUUCAGAGACUGCAUAAGGAAGAGGACAUUCAGUUCCUGUAUAACGAGAACACGGCCAGACCCAGCGACAACAUCAUGGACAAAUGGAUCCAGUCCUUCACCCAGUCCCUCAUCCAGUUCUUCAAGGAGGAGAUGGACGCCUACAGGUUAUAUACGGUGGUUCCCAAGCUCGUCAAGUUCGUGGACAUGCUCACCAACUGGUACGUGAGGACGAACCGCAGGCGUCUGAAGGGCGAGAGCGGCACUGAGGACUGCGUGUGGGCGCUGGAGACCCUCUUCAGCGUGCUCUUCUCCAUGUGCAGACUGAUGGCUCCCUUCACUCCCUACAUCACAGAGAUGAUGUACCAGAACCUGCGUCACCUGAUAGAUCCGGCCUCUGUGGAGGAGAAGGACUCCAGCAGCAUCCACUACCUCAUGCUCCCUAACGUCAGAGAGUCUCUGAUUGACAAGCGCAUCGAGAGUGCAGUGUCCCAAAUGCAGUCGGUUAUCGAGCUGGGCCGAGUGAUCCGCGACAGGAAAACUUUACCCGUCAAGUAUCCCCUUAGGGAGGUUGUGGUCAUCCAUCAGGACCCAGAGGCUCUGAGAGACAUCCAGUCCCUGCAGAAAUACAUUCUGGAGGAGUUGAACGUCCGCCAGCUCACGCUGUCCACCGACAAAGACAAGUAUGGUAUUCGGCUGAGGGCGGAGCCUGACCACAUGGUGCUGGGCAAGAGGCUGAAGGGGGCAUUCAAGUCAGUCACCGCGUCCAUCAAGGAGCUGAAGAGCGAGCAGCUGGAGGUCUUCCAGAAGACUGGCACUAUUGUAGUGGACGGCCACGAGCUGCAUGAGGAGGACCUGCGUUUGAUGUACACCUUCGACCAGACGUCUGGCUCUGCUGCACAAUAUGAAGCUCAUUCAGAUGCCCAGGUCCUAGUACUGUUGGACUUUACUCCUGACCAGUCCCUGGUGGAUGAAGGCGUAGCGCGUGAAGUGAUCAACCGCGUCCAAAAACUGCGUAAGAAGGGUCACCUGGUUCCGUCUGAUGAGAUCACGGUGUACUACAGCUCAGAACCUGCAGGAGAUUAUCUAGAUAAAGUGAUCCAGGCUCACACAGACUUCGUCCUGGCCACCACUAAAGCCCCUCUCCGGCCGUACCCCGUACCCAAGAAUGCCAGCGUGAUCGUCCAGGAGAGAACUCAGCUGAGGGGUUCUGAUCUGGAUUUGACCAUCGUUAAGGGAGCAGCGGUCUCCAGAGCGCCUCUCACUGGCCCUGCCUGCGCUCACGUCAACCUUAAAAUCAACCUCAACAACAAGCAGCAAGAGGGCAUGGUUCUCCUGGAGAAUCCUAAAGGAGAUAAUAAACUGGACGUGGAGAAGCUGAAACUGGUUUGCCGUAGUAUUUUCAAGCUAAACAGCGCUCCCUUGAAGGUGUUCAAUGGAACAGCAGAGUUGAAGGCCAGUACCGAUCUUCUAGCACUGAGUGGGAAGACCCUGUGGGUGACCUCCGGGGCCAGUCCUAAAGAAGUGAACGGUUCAGAUGCUCUUAUCUGUCCCUACAUCAACCUGCAACUCGUCAAUGCCAGUCCUGCAGAGUGUUUGAGUGGGGACGUGGGCACGCUGUUCCUGACUAAUCCGGUGGGUCAGAAUGAGCUGCAGCACGCGGAGCUGCUGAGCGAGGCUGCGAAGGUGUUCGGCCUGAGGGGAAGGAGGCUUAAACUCUACACAGACGAGGAUCUGAGCAACGAACUGACUGAAACCUCUCUGAAGACCCUCAGCACCAAAACCUUGUUUGUGCAAGUUGUUCCCACCACCGCAGAAGCGUAGAGAUAUUUAGAGCUGAUAAUCACAGCUACAUCAGUCUCCCGUCAGUCUAAACUCCAGCCUAGUCGCAUCCACCCAGUGCAUCUCCCUGUGUCUACAGUGCUGCGUGUUUCCUGCCCGAUCUCGAAUUACCUGGCAACCUGUGAGGUUCAGCAGAACUCUGUUACAAAGGGGCUUUUUCUGUAGUUUCAGUUGGUAAAUGAGGAGCGCUGAAUGAUGUCAUUGUGUAAUAAAUGGAUUCUGGGCUAAUAAA